AUGGACAAGAAAGGCAGUAAUAUGAAAGUUCCAGAUGUCCCGGAUUCAGCACUUCUGAUCCGUGGCUCCAAUGGACAAAUGUUUGCGGCGUUGCAAUCAGAUCCGACAUUUUCUGGCACACCAACUCAACCACCUUCGGUCGAUCCUCUACCUAGAAGCACAACUACCUCAGGAGAGCUAAUCGUGCCGACGCUAUGA